AUUUUUAAUUAUCUCACUUUCGUCACUUUCUCUUUCUAUCUUCUUCUACUUCAAAUUUGUAAUAUCUAUUUACUUUUUCUACCCCUCAUUAUCUCAAUUCAUCGCCGGAAAGUUACACGCCGUCCGAUCAAUUUCCCGACCUACGGCGGUCAUGGAUCGCCGGUACUCCACUCAAAUUGAAAUUUCCCGACGGUGAUAUUUCUCAUCUCCGGUUAUAGAUUUCAUGUAUUGUAAAAUCAGGUACUUGUGAACUACACAUUGCAAUCAUUAAAGCUCUUCAUCUUCUAGAUCUCUGUUUGCUUACCGAAAGUUUAUGUAUUUAGUUGAGGUUUUUGAUAUCUACAGGUAGGUAAAAAAAAAGUUACAGUUAGGGUUUUUGUAUUGAUUGGAAGGGAUAAUGUUGAAUAAAAUCAUAAAGCGAGGGCAUAAAAAGGUGCCUAAAUCAGAAGUAUCUGAUUUUGGUCACGCGCCGCCGGCGGGAGGUAGGAAUUCCGGCAAUGUUUCGACGUCUGAUGUGGUGGUGAAUCAUGCUUCGAGAGGAAACAUGGUAACGAAUUCUAUUCAAUCACAACAGACACCUUCAGUGAUGACAUCUGCAGCUCCAGCACCGGGAAACAUUGAGAACCUUCCCUUGUUUCGUGACGUGCCGCUAUCCGAACGUCAAGUGUUGUUUUUUAGGAAACUACAGAUUUGUUGUUUUCAGUUUGAUUUCACAGAUACGAUGAAACUUGUAAGGGAGAAAGAGAUAAAGAGGCAAACACUUGUGGAGCUUGUAGAUUAUGUUCAAUCUGGUGCUGGAAAAAUCAGUGAAAGUAAUCAAGAAGAAAUGGUAAAGAUGAUAUCAGUGAAUAUAUUUCGUUGUUUACCUCCGGGUUCUCAUGAGAAUACAGGAUCCGAAAAUGUGGAACAGGAAGAGGACGAGCCAUGUCUUGAGCCAUCUUGGCCUCAUUUACAGCUUGUGUAUGAAUUGCUGUUGAGGUAUGUGGUUUCAUCAGAUUCUGAUACAAAGUUAGCUAAACGCUUUAUUGAUCACUCGUUUGUAUUGAAGUUAUUGGAUUUGUUUGAUUCCGAGGACCCAAGGGAGAGAGAGUAUUUGAAAACAAUACUUCACCGCGUAUAUGGGAAGUUUAUGGUGCAUAGACCAUUUAUAAGGAAGGGAAUCAAUAACAUCUUUUAUAGGUUUAUAUAUGAGACAGAGAGGCACAGUGGGAUAGGUGAGUUACUAGAGAUUCUAGGGAGUAUUAUAAAUGGUUUUGCGUUGCCCAUGAAAGAGGAACACAAGCUAUUCCUUGUUCGGGCACUCAUACCACUGCACAAACCGAAACCGGUUGCAAUGUAUCAUCAGCAGUUAUCCUACUGUAUUGUUCAGUUUGUUGAAAAGGAUUACAAGUUGUCCGAUACAGUUAUAAGGGGUUUGUUGAAAUACUGGCCUGUCACCAAUUGCCAAAAGGAAGUCCUCUUUCUUCAGGAGCUUGAAGAAGUGUUGGAAACCACACAGGCGGCAGAAUUUCAGCGUUGCAUGGUUCCUCUUUUUAGACAGAUUGCUCGUUGCCUUAACAGCCCACACUUCCAGGUUGCAGAGCGAGCCCUAUUUCUAUGGAACAAUGAGCACCUAGUGGGAUUGAUCGCCCAGAACCGCAAUGUCAUUUUCCCGAUCAUUUUUGAUGCUCUGCAAAAGAACAUAGAUAAUCAUUGGAAUCAAGCUAUCCAUGGGCUGACUGUAAAUGUUCGCAAAAUGUUCAUGGAAAUGGAUGCUGAUCUGUUCGAUGAGUGCCAAAGACAGUAUUCUGAGAAAGCAGCUCGGGCCACUGAACUGGAAGAGCAGCGAGAACUAAGAUGGCAGAGAUUAGCAGCUGCUGCAACACAAGGAUGCUAAAAGGGACACGUUCAUCGCGAUUCUUGUUCCAUUAGGUGGGAUUAGACCCCAAAUCCCAAACUGGAUGCGUGGUUUACAACCAUGAUCAUUUGUUAUACUGGUAUUCAUUUCUUCUAGUUUUUGUUCGUCGAUGUCAGUGUGCUGAAUCGUUGAAGAUGUCUGGCAAUGCAGCCACGUGUAACUCAUAUAUGUAUUUGAUAACUGCUUUGUCGCCGUGUGCUGCAGCUCAGGAAUGGUUUGUUUUAAGUGUAAUUUGUUCUGUAAUUUUGUCCUCUUUAGAGAAAUUUUUAUUCUUCAGUGAACUUUGAAAGCAACAAAUCUGGUGUUUACCG